CAGGAUUAGCAAUCUUUAAAAGGUGGUCUUUACAGCUCAUAUCAAUUAAUCCAAUCUGUGGAGUCAUACCGGAUCAGCGUAUCAUUCUUUCAAGUUCAGUAAUUGUCAAUAUGGUACGGAUAUGCGCCCCGAACACUCAGGCCAACAGCACUGCAAGUGUGGCACACUCUGGCGUUUCCAGCGACGACCUGGAUUUACAAUCGUUCCUAGAUGGAUUCUUACCCGAUGAAUUCUCGCCGCAACCACUCCAUGAUGGUCUUGUGUCCCCCGCGAUGCGAAUGGAGUUUACAUCUUUCGUGUCACCAAUGUCUCUUAGCUUGGCAUCUCCCUCGUCCGAUACGUCCUCGUUGGCUAGUGCCAGUAGCGGGACUCUGUCAGACUUCCUCUGCUCACCGAUGAGCGACUUGCAGCAGUCAACCGACUCGCUUUUCUCAAGUGGAGGCAUUCCAACAUCGGCGAUGAUGAUGUGUGUACCAUUCGAAGAGCCCCCACGGCCAACCGCUGAGCUCCCUGGCAAGCCAUCUUUAAAGUCACCUGUCAAACAAGCGCGAUCGGAAUCGUGCACCGCCCCUCCGAAAUCACCACCCGCAUCGAAGUCAAAAUCCAGCCCAAGUCGGCGGCGCGCACCGGCCAAGGUGAACGAUGCAGAGCGGCAGAGGGUGCGAAAGAUCUCAGCAGCGUUCGACUCUCUUCAGGAGUUGGUAUGGAAAGAGAACGUGGGCAGCGCCAGCCAACGCCGACCGCGCCAAGCCGUUCUUCGCUGUGCAGCCAAGUACAUCCAGCGGCUGGCAACUGUCCUCGAGGUGAACAGUAGCAUUGAAAGCAGCUGUCCUCCAUCGACUCCGCACGAGUCAGCCAAGAUGUCCCUUGCCUCGGCGCUGACCAUCCAAAGCUAUGCGCACAGAUCGAAGGACACGUCGAGAAGCAACUUAUCAGACCAAUCACAAUUUCGGCAGGAGAGGAGCUGCGCCCUGCUUGAUCGCGGCGAAGAAGAGGAGGAAUCUUGAACAAUUAUUCUAGUACUCCAGUGUAACUUGACCCAGGUAGUAAUACCCCCUCGUUUGUUUAGGUCUGGAUAUCUUGCAUUGUACUCGGUGCAUACCUGUAUGUAAAAUGUGCAUGUACAUACAUGUAAUACAUUAUACUUUUUUUAAAGAUCUUCCUGAAACUUUAUUCCGAAUUACAUGGAUGGUUGUAAACACGCACCUGGCAAUAUGGCGGUAAAUACAUUAUAGUUCCUUGGUCUUUCUCUUUUGUAUAAAUUGAAUACAUUAUGCAUUGUACAUUUACCGUUUUACGUACGUGUAUAUGUACGUUCCCUCAUGCAUAACGUACGGCUGAUACCUUUGAGUUUGUUUGAUUAUACUGGUUAGAAUUGCUGACAGUAUCGUGGCCACAGGCAUACGCCCAGCUGCGCGGGUCACUAGAGUAGUGGAUAUUAAUUUUGUUAUCUCCUCCAGUCAACAACCUAUCUUCCCUUCCCGAUUUCCAAAGCACCGGGUAGCAGGGUGCAUUCUUCUUUAAUACCAUUCCUACAGUACAGUACAUGUACAUGUACAUGUACAUGACAUUGUACUUCCGUGCUCAACAUUGACGCGUCAAUAUUUUAGUUCUACAACUUUUGAAACGUAUCUUCUGGUACAUAAGGUAUAGUAACUACAUGUACAUGUAUAGUGUGCAUACAUGUAUAUCGUACAAGUGUUGGAAUGCGCGAUACUGCUGUGCUCGUUUGUGGAUUGACUU